AGAGGUAAGUUUAAAUAAGUCACUCGGGCUUGGGGGUGGUGUUGCGGUAGCCACCUUAGGAUUAAUAGAGUCCUAUUUUACCUAGCAAAUUCCACCUGCAUAUUAGUUGAGCUAUCUUACUAUGUAAAAUACAGCUUUGUGAACCGUUUGGACUUAAAUGUGUAAUCCGAUUUCAGCAAAAUCAAAUUAUUUCUUUGUAUUCUAUACAUCAAAAUCAGAUCACCACUUUUUCUAAAAUAGGAAAAAGUGGUCUAGCUUCUCAUACACAUAGUGGCUUGAAAAGCUAGACUUUACUCUGUUCUGCCGCAGACUAAGAGAUCAUCUGAUUUUAAUGUACAGAACAAUAAGAAGUGAUUUUGGACCUGCUAGAUCUUUUUUCUUCUUACGUGAUUCGGACAACUUAGAGAAUAUAAAAGGCGACUAUAGUAGCCAAGAACGGACAAAAUAAUCACAGAAUACAGGUUUUAACAAUGAACCAUCGAUUCUUGGAACCUGUUACCCGAAGAAGUGUCCGCUCCUUCAUUUGACUCAUUCAAGAGAAGACUAGACACUCAAAAGUUUACUAGAAAAAGAUUAACAUAGACCGCAUGCUUUCCGUCCUAGUAGCACAAAUCUAGAGCUAAACCAGUGAAGCUAUGAUGUGGCAAUCAAAAUAUUUGUUUUUGAACUAACACAGCUACAUUUCGUUUAGGUGGUUAGAUACUAUGACAUCAAGUUUUUACAUCGGUUUACAGUAGAAGUUUCACAAGCUAGAGUUAAUCCUUCCCCUAAAGCACUCAUACAAGCGCCUAGGAUUAUUCUCGCUUCCAAAACUCAAUAUGGUUCAAGUUUUGAAGAAUACAUAUGCCAGUUCAGCUGAGUUUAAAGUGCUGACGCUUGAGCACAAGUCAAUCUGCCAUCGACAGUUCGAAGUUGACGUGGAAACAGGUUGUAAAGUUGUUAUUUCGUCCUGAUAAGGUCUCAUGGCAUGCACAUCCUUCGUUUAAUAUACAAGAAAACAUCCACGACGCUACUUUCCCUACAUGCUUUUUUCCAGAAAACUAUUUAACUGUAUAUACACUACUCUAGUCUCGUGUUACCAUAAAUUACACGUGACUUCAUUGCCAAUAAAACCGUCCGGCAAAUGACGAAUACGUUUGGUGGUCAUUCAUUUGUUUUUAAUACAUAUUGUCAAUACAAAACUGAUUAACCACUAGGAAAGAUUUGGGUAUGGAAAUUCAAACUGCCUAUACUGAUGGAUUAUCUCAAAUACUUGAGUUUUAUAUUAAGUAUCGAGGUCCAGUGUGGAAUUAUCAGGAGUAGGUUGUUAAGCACGAUCUAUGUCUCCAGGCAGUUUAGAAGUUUCGAUAACCUCUCAUCCUUAAAUACAACAGAACUUCGCUAGUAUUCUCAGUAUUUAACCAUCUGAAUAUCUUAUAAAUGUUUACUAGUAAAUCUAAUGUUUUUUGUAUCUAGUAAAGGAUCUUAUGUUGUGCUCUUUUCUUAUACUGGGUUCUUUUAUCAUCUAAGUUAACUGUCAUUAAUAAUUCUGUUCACAUUUCCAUAAGCCUUUCUCAUGACAUCCAAAUUUUUAGUCAGGAGCCGGGUUUUACACGACAUGGUUCGUCUCCUGGAAAAUAUUAUCUUUAUCACAGAACAUGAAGGUGUAACAAAAAGUCUUGUCACUUUUGUUGAACAGUUUAAAAAUUCCAGUAUUAUCAUACAGCUGGAUCCUGUUAAACUCAUGGAGGAACAGUUUAUUGCAGGAUUUUGUCGACGAGGAGCUGUUACAGUUCUGCCUAUAAAACCAUUGUCGGAGUUUGGUCUUUCUAUUCAAAAGUCUAUUUUAACCCUGGACAUGUCUCCAGUUGUGUACUCUGGUUUUGGAUUAUCCGCUAAAAAAGUUAAACAAGAAAAGAAGAAAGUUUUCUAUCGAUUUCAAGUCGAUUUAAAAAGUCCACAGUUUCAGCGAAAUGGACCAGUACAUACACGUCUUCGAUCAUUUUUCAAGGCUUUCACUAACCCCUUAGAAUUGGGCACUCGUAUCCCUCGAUGCCUUGGAAAUCUUGGUCCUUUCUUUGUUGAUUGGUUACCAGAUUCCUCAGUCACACAAAUAAAUGAAUUCCCUAAAAGUGAAUCCAUUGCUUCAUAUUUAAAUGACAAAGAACAUCUCGUGAUCCGACCACAAUGUGAGGUGUUUAACUACAUUGGAUCACCUAUACUAAUACCAGAACUAAUUUCAUGGAACAAACUUCCUCUAAAACAAGAAGAAAAUUCAUGCACAUGCACAGAAAUAGACAAAACGUCAGAUUUUUUAAAUAUUGUAAAUAUUCGCUUAGGAUUAACAGUUUUAUCUUAUUUAGCAGCUGGAAUUUCAUUUCCUGAUUCAGCUAUUUCAAAUCGUGUUCCAAGUGAUAAUCCAUGCUUAACAAAUGCAAGUCUGUCACCAAUUUAUGCACAAACUAUAGAUGAAAUUCUGUUACCUGUCUAUAAGCUGGAAAAACUGAACAUUAUAUGUCUAUCAGGUUUAUUUCCGGAUUGUUGUUACGAUGAACUGGAGGAUAAAAUAAAAUCAAUGUUAGCAGAAAGUCAACACGGGAAUGAAUUAGUUUACAUGUGCAGAUGUCCACUAAAAGUUACCACCGAUUCAGUACAAUCGUUGAAACAGUCUGUUAAUCACUUAGGAACUCUAUUUUUAACUGGUAGAAAACCUGUUUCAGAUUCACAAGGACUACCACUUAUUAAAAUUCGAUUUUAACAUUUUAUUUUUCCAUUUGCAUGUACAUUUUUGCCGUUAUUGGUAAUAUACAUUCUUGAAUUAU